UAGGCAUAAAAUCUGAUAUGCUCUCACCAUGAUACGAUUUUGUGUUUGGAUCGAGUAUAAUCAUGGGGACAAAGGUUGUCAAUCUUUGCCAUUCGCGGAGCUAUCUCCGCGGCCUCUUGAUGGAAACAAUGGAGUUGCCAAGACCGGUCACGAAAACACAAGGACCGCUCUGGAACAGAAGAGGACUUGGGAUUGAGGUUCAACGAUUUUUGAAUAUUUCGAGCGCUCUGGGCGGUUCUCUGUCUUUGUAAAAGAAAAAGUCAAUUCUCAUCACAUGAUGGAAGGCUGUGGUCGAGACUUCUCGAAGUUGUUGAUAGUUAGCGGGGGUGGGGUGACGCUGCGGGGUUGCUGAGAGCUUUGGGGGUCUGGGUGGAAUUCAUUGCGUCAUAGUCCCGCUUUUGGGUGUUUAGGGCAGCAGCUCCACCAUAUUUCGUUCUGAGCAUCUGGGAUUCUUUGGAGCAUCGUCGUCUUUUUCCAGCCAGACUCGGGCUGCAAAAGUAAGGCCCAGAAGGACAUCAGAUGACAGCCAGGUCGAUCUCGUCACCCUGUUUUGCAGCUGUCACAGAAUCCCGAAGAUGCUUGUCGAGUCCAGAUUGAUCCGACGACAGCUUCCUUCUGCCGCCACAACAAUGCAGCCAAUCAUGGUCAACGGCCAGCUGAGAAGGGGCUUGGGGAUCCUUCGUGGAGGCGGCAGAGUCGCAAAAGCCCAUAGCCGAAUUUCAAUCAGAUUGACCAAGACCUCACUCAACCCACCGCAUCAGUGAAUACCACUUGACUCAGUCGACACAAUCAUACCGGGCCCGUUUACCUCUGAAGCCACAUUCUUGGUAAUACUCUCCAUUCCGCCUUAGAAUCCUGCACCAUGACGACGCCAAAAUACCUCACCGGUGAUGCGGCCGCCAUUAACGAGUUCAUUGAUCGCUUUGAUGUGUUUUUGCUAGACUGUGAUGGAGUCAUCUGGUCCGGCGAGCAUGUGUUCGAGGGGGUUGUGGAAACUCUGGAACACUUGAGAUCCAGAGGCAAAAAGACAGUCUUUGUGACCAACAACUCGACAAAGUCUCGCCAAGAAUACCUCAAGAAGUUCACGGGCUUAGGAAUUCCGUCUGACGUGGAGGAGAUAUUCGGUUCGGCAUAUUCCGCCUCGGUUUACAUCUCCAGAAUCCUCAAGCUCGCGCCGCCCAAAAACAAGGUUUUUGUCAUUGGAGAAGCCGGCAUCGAGCAUGAGCUGAGGAGCGAAAAUGUACCCUUCAUUGGCGGCACUGACCCUGCCUUCCGAAGGGAUGUCACCCCUGAAGACUUCAAAGGUCUCGCUGAUGGUUCUCUGUUGGACCCCGAGGUGGGAUGCGUGCUCGUCGGUUUGGACUUUCACAUCAACUACCUCAAGCUCUCGCAUGCGCUCCAGUAUCUGAGGCGGGGUGCCAUCUUCUUGGCGACCAACGUGGAUUCGACCUUCCCGAUGAGCCACGGCUUCUUCCCCGGCGCAGGCUCGAUGAGCAUGCCUCUCGUGUAUUCAACGGGCCAGAAGCCGGUGGCGCUCGGGAAGCCUAGCCAAGCCAUGAUGGAUGCUGUCGAGGGCAAGUUCCAAUUCGAUCGUGAACGCACGUGCAUGGUUGGGGAUCGUCUUGACACCGACAUCAAGUUCGGAAUCGAGGGGAAGCUCGGUGGCACGUUGGCAGUCCUAACGGGCGUAAGUCAGAAGGAACACUGGGAGGCAGCGGAUGCGGUUGCGGUGCCAGCAUUCUAUGUGGACAAACUGAGCGACAUUGGGCUUGUCGCGAGGAAGCAGUGAGGUUGUUCCGGGCCCAUGACGGGGUUUCCUAGGUGAGAGACAGGACAGCUCGCACAAGCAGACAGCAAGCAACCAAUAGAUUUACGGCGUGUUCUUUUCCAGACA